AUGUCAGAUGGUGACUUGGCGACUUCGUUAAGACGGCGGCUUGCACGGAAACCUCACAGAAAAUCGAGAAAGGGAUGUCUAGACUGCAGAAGACGUCGAGUCAAGUGUGAUGAGGAACAUCCGAGCUGUCGGACAUGUGUGCGACGUAAUGUCCACUGCGAGUACCCAGACAAUGCCCAACGUCUGCUUAGCCCGCCAACAACUGCAUUGGACUCCCAUGUCCCACUGUACUUUGGCAGAUCUUCGUCUUCACCAUCGGCCUCAACACCAGCCACUACGCCGCUUUUCAGUCUCGCCAACGUCACCACUGACACAUUCUCUCUGAUCGACUUGCGUCUCCUUCAUCACUGGAUUACAUACACAAGCCAAGAUAUUUGCAGGUGUCCUCCAGCUCGACACAUCUGGCAAGGCAUACUCCCCCAGAUUGGAUUCAAACAUCCAUAUGUGUUGCACGCCCUGUUGGGUCUUGCUGCUUUGCAUAUUGCCCAUCAAAACCCUCGGGAGAGAAAGGUCAGAUGGAUGGAUGCAGUCGACUAUCACAGCAGGGCGCUGGAUGGCUUUCAGAGAGCGGUCGGAUGCAUCACUGAAGAAAACAGCGAAGCAUUAUUUGUUGGAUCAGUAUGCAACGUCCUGUACGUCUUUGCCCUGUCAAAUCCGCUCCAAGAGAGUCCAGACACCGUCUCCUACUUGACAACGUCUUCACGGAAUGACAGGAUACUUGGGGCUGAGUGGAUUCCCAUGAUUCGUGGUUUGGAAGCGGUACUUCAGCCCAUCCAUUCCCAUUUGCAGGUUGGGAGGUUAAGCGCCAUCAUCAGCCUCGGAAAUUGGGAUGAGCUAGAUCCUGAAAAGAACAGCUCUGACCCAGCCGAUGAGUACUUUUGCAGAAGCCGGGAGGCAUGGACAGACUCCAGCUGUUCUGGGGUCUACGAAACGACUCUCCAAACUCUACGGAAGUGCUAUUUAUACUCACAACAGUUCUCGUCCAUGGAUCCAAAAGUUAUCGACCAGUGGGGAUGGAACAGGGCGUGGUCAGGACCACUCAUGUUCAUUCACUUUGCGCCCGAAGCUUACUUUACACUUCUUCAACAAAGGCAACCGCCUGCCUUGGUUCUGUUUGCCUUCUUCGGCGCUCUUUUGCAUGAGUUGGACAAUUAUUGGUUCUUAGAGGGAUGGGGAAAGUCAAUUGUCAAGGUUGUGGAGGAUGUCCUUGGGGCGUACUGGAAACCUUGGAUUGCGUGGCCCUUGCGGGUAGUUGAAGUAGAGCAGAGUUGA